GUCGAAUGUUUGCUUCCGUGAGACGACGCCGAAGUUCACACCGUGUGCUACUACUUCUCAUGGCAAACUUGACAAACGUUACCACUAGCCGUCGAGCGCUGCUCACACUGAUCCCCGUCUCAUUGGCUGCAGGCUUGACAUAUUGGUUAUCGUGGCGCACAACAAGCAGCAAGGCAAGCUUAUGCACGACCAUGACCACCGAGCCGCACAACGCCAGACAGCAUCCUACAUACUGGUUCAACGAUGGCUCCAUCGUCAUUCGAUCACGCAGCAUGAGCAAUAAGGAGGUUUGCUUCAAGUUGCAUGGGAGUUUACUGCGUCGACAAUCCCGCUUUGUUCAAAGGAUGCUUGAUAGCGAGAUCAGCGCCGACUCUGAAGUAUUGAUUCCACCAGAACUCGGUGUUCAAGUUCAAGAUUUGACAGCGCUGCUGGAGCAUCUAUACCAUGAUACCCCUCUUUCCGCUCAAGCACCCUUCUCGCAUGUUGCGGCGAUCCUGCGUGUCUCUUCCCCAGAUCAGCUUGAUUUGCCUGGUGUGCACAUGUCAGCACGGGCUUACUUUGUGUCGAUGUUUCCACAGGGGCCUCAGCCAUUCGCACAUCCUAGGAACCAUCUAGAAGAGGCACUGGCACUUGCGCACUCGUAUCAGAUUCCCUCGAUCAGAAAGGGCAUAUAUUACAGCCUCGUCACGACUUCUGAAUUCGAACCUGAGGACGAUGACUUGGAUCUGGAAAAUUCCAUCAAAUCAAAUGGCUUGCCAGGGUCAUCCUCAACGCCACACCUCGUUCUACCCCCUACAGAUGUUAAGCGGUGCAGAAGCCUGAUGACCGGCAUCGUGGAGCAUUUCACCCCUGUUUUGUUCACACCGCCUGCAACUCCUCAUAUGGCAUGUACAGAUGUAUUUGCGGACAAAUGGAUGUUGCUUGUAAUAACGCCCGCAAUAACUGACUCUGGCGUCUGCAAACCACUCGAAAUGCUUGAGCAAAUUAAGCAAAUAGACUGGGCCGCCGAGGGCUUGUGCGCCGCGUGUGUCAGAGAAAAGACACAGGAGUGGACACAGGAGCAGGAAGAUGUAUGGGAGAAAAUGAACUCAUGGUUGAAUCCGGAGGGUACAAAGCAGUCCCUUGUUUGAAAUACACAAAGGAAAUAUAGAUCGGGUUUGUUGCGGUAUUGCGGCCUAUCUAUAAUUGUAUGUAAAACGGGCAGGAAGAGCCUUCCCCUUGACAACGUUUGUUACAGUGAAGUUCCGCAGGGCCGCAACGUGGCCUUUUUUUUUACAAGCACACAACAAAAAUUCACUAUACUAUGAAACAACAAGUACUGCUACUUCUUAACAAUUCAAAUUUGGCGCGGAA